GAUUUUUAGAAUUUUUAUUAUUGUUUUUAUUUUGCUGGUGGCGGGUCGAAUUCGUGCAGGAUGCCCAUCCUGCAUUUGCACUCCAUGCUUGAGUUGCUGCCUUUCCUGCUCCUGCUGCUGUUCUUCAUGGCUGUGGGCUUUUUCCUGAUCUACCUCCACCGACCAGAACCAGAAACCAAAAAGAAUUAGGUUACCACUAACUCAGCUGCUCCCCUGAUCUAUCGCCACUGAAGGAGGGAAAGAAAUGGGGGACACAGGCAAAGAAGAAUAUAAAAUACACUCGUUCGAUACAGAAAUUCAGCAGCUACUCAAAACAGCCCUCAAAGACCCCAGCAGUGUAGAUCUGGAGAAGGUCGCCAACGUAAUUGUGGACCAGUCCCUCAAAGACUCUGUGUUUAGCAAAGAGGCCGGGCGUAUCUGCUACACCAUCAUCCAGGCGGAGAGCAAACAGGUGGGCCAGAGUGUCUUUCGGCGGGGGCUCCUCAACCGACUUCAGCAGGAGUAUAAAGACCGGGAUGAACUGCGAGCCCGUUCCCUCCAGGCCUGGAUCUGCUAUGUCACUUUUAUCUGUAACAUCUUUGACUACCUGAGGGUCAACAACAUGCCCAUGAUGGCACUGGUGAACCCAGUUUACGAUUGCCUGUUCCGGCUGGCGCAGCCAGAGAGCCUGCGGAAAGAGGAAGAGGUGGACUGUCUGGUGUUGCAGUUGCACCGCAUUGGUGAACAGCUUGAGAAGAUGAACACCCAGAGGAUGGAUGAGCUUUUUUCCCUCCUGCGAGACGGUUUCCUCCUGCAGGAGGGCCUUACCUCCCUUUCCCAGCUACUCUUGCUUGAGAUCAUUGAGUUCCGGGCGGCCGACUGGAAAAUGACAGAUGCGGCUCAGAAGUACUAUUACAGUGAGGUCGCAGAUUGAGCAGCCAGUUGCUCACCCUGGCUCAUGCUGCCCAAAGCCAGAGUUUGAAUUUCCGCUCUGAACCUUUGCACCAGCAAACUUCACAUAACAACAAAAAAAGCUGCAAUUAUUUUUAAUACUUCCCUCCCC